ACCGUCCAAAACCUCCGACAACUCCGGUCUCCAUUCUCUCUCUCUCUCUCUCUCUCUCUCUCUCUCUCUCUCUCUACGAUCCCAAAUCUUUCAUUCUCUCUUUUAGGGUUUCGUUUGCGACCCCGAUCUCUGCACCGGAGGUCGAUGGCGGGGAUACGGUGGCCGCCGGAGGAAUCCGACCUGUUCCCCGGGCGGCCGGCGGCGGCGGCGGCGGCCGGCGGUGGGGAUGUCGUGGCUGGGGUGCUGUCGGACGACGACCGGUCGGUGGCGGCGGACUCGUGGUCAAUCAAGAGCGACUACGGCAGCACCCUCGACGACGACCAGCGCCACGCCGACGCCGCCGACGUCCUCUCCACUUCCCAUUUCCCCCCCGCCUCCGAUUACAGCUCUGACAAGGAUGUGCCAGAUGCUACUGACGUUGAACCAUCAAUGGUGGGCUUGCAGAACUAUUGGGAUGAUUCUUAUUCAGAGGAUCGUACAAAUUUUCAAGAACAAGGCCAUGCAGGUGAAAUAUGGUUUGGUGCUGAAACAAUUGAUGUUCUGGUGGGCUGGACCAAAAAUUUGUGUGUAAAAAUUUCUGAAGGCCAGAAUGUAACUGACAUAGAGAGCUCUAACUCCGAAUCAAGUGACAUCCCUAAAGACUUGUCCAGCUGGAGUGUGCUUGAUGUAGGAACAGGAAACGGUCUGCUGUUGCAGGAGCUUGCAAAGCAGGGGUUUUCUGAUCUAACUGGAACUGAUUAUAGUGAAGAAGCAAUUGAGCAUGCCCGGAACCUUGCUGUUCGUAAUGGAUUUUCCCAAAUCAACUUCUUGGUUGAUGAUGUUUUGGAGACGAAACUGGAGAGAAAAUUUCGACUUGUAAAUGACAAAUAUACCCUUGACGCGAUUGGGCUCCAUCCGGAUGGUCAUGUGAAAAGGAUGAUGUAUUGGGAAUCCGUCGCACACCUGGUUGUUCCAGGUGGCAUUCUGGUAAUUACCUCCUGUAACAGCACAAAAGAUGAGCUAGUACAAGAGGUGGAAAAUUUCAAUCAAAGACAGGUCGGCUCCGCCGGAUCUAACGGCAAUGGUGAGGCUGCCGUCUUUCGGUAUCUCGAUCAUGUCCAGAUGUAUCCUUCCGCAAUGCGAGGCGGGGCGGAAGGGUCUCGCUUGGCGACCGUCGCAUUCGUUCGCAAGUAAAAUCAGAAAGAUAUAUUAUUUAAUUUCAUAUGCUUUACAUAUAUUUAUAUAUAUGGUACUGCAUAGAGUUUGUUUGUUUUCACUUUCCUUCAUCAUCCUUUCCUCCUGCUGCUGCUGCUGCUGCUGUUUCACCUCUAAUUGAUUUCUUUCCUCUAUUUUUGAGUUAAAGAUAAAGAAAUUGCUUUUGGAUUAAUUAUGACUUGUUUCGGGAGGUAUUCUUGCUACAAUUUGUGAUCUUUCUGUAAAAGACAAGUUCAAAAAAGUUAAAACAAGCAUGAGCCUAUUUACAAGAUAGUUAAUCCAAACUCCGCAAAUUUCACA